AUGCCUUCCAAUAGCAGCAGAAAAACAGACCGUAAAGGAAAAGGAAAAGCAUCUGCAAGUAUAUCUACAUCGGCAAACCGUGUUUUGGCUGGCCGUGUUGGACCUCGAGAAAUUGCCCUCAGUUUCUCAUCCACAACUAUCCAAGAUCAGCGAUACGCGGAAAUUGUUGAAAUGUUUAACAAAGUAAACAACAAUAUCAACGGUGUCAAGGAUGACAUUGCUGCUGUCAAUAGCAACAUGGCAGCCUUUAAAAACAGGAUGGGCAUUGUUGUUGACACGUCUGGAAAGACACAUAUGGCAUUUGCAGACUUUGCAACUGUCUAUGCCAACAAUCAGACUUGUAUGGCUAGUCUAGGACCAUCUCUGAUGCCAUCCUAUGUCCCCCAGACCUCCCUCAGUGAUGCCGAGAUUUCUGACAUUAUCUUGGAAAUAUUCGCGGAAAAGUUGUGGGACUGGAAGUUCGAGUCUGACGACCCUGCUCUUGUUGCUGAGAACGAGAGUAAGAAGAAGUGGAACUUGAACGAGAAGAUUAACCACCGCGAUAACGUAGCUGUUAUCAACUACUUGAAGAGCUACAUUAGUGCCCAGACUCGUCUAGCUGGUACUCACCCAUGGGUGAUAAGUGAUAAAAUAAAGAACAGGUACAAGCACAGUCAUUGUACUUUUCACGAGUCUCCUGAGCAGAAGGCCAAGAAAAACAGCAAGGGGAGAGCAAACAGUAGUACUCUUCAGAUGUCUAUCCGACGCAAGUCGACAUACAUGGACAACUGGGUAGCCAUUGAUGCUGCAAUGGGAUAUAAGACUGGAAACCCUGUUGAGAAGGCCUAUCUCAAACUCUUUCAGAAGGAUGCCAUGUCUGAUGGUGAGUCGGAUAUUGAGAUUGUGGACAAUCUUCCACGACGGUGUUUGCAUGUGGCUCACCCCACUUGGAGAAGUGAAGAGUUCAACAGAUUGUUGACAAUGGUUGAUGACAUUGAUCGUACCCAUCACGUGUUAAAUGUGGGCGUGGGAACAAAGUCAAGAAUGAACAGAUAUCCAGCAACAUUGUUGCCUUGCUCUGUUCCUGCCACUCUGUCCCAGUCAUUGCCUCAUUGGGCAAUCAACGAUGAAUAA